UCUAAACCUGAGAUGCCCCCCUCUUCCACCAAGUCCCUAAAGAAUCAACGCCCUGGACCAGGCAUGGCCAGGCUGGUGUGAAGCCCCCACCCCCUCAUCCCCAUUGCUUUGGGGACUCCCUAGCAACAGAACUCAGAAUCCUGGGGCUGGGGGGCUGGGGGGCGGGGCCGGACCGGUUGCUAGGGCGUGGUCCUGUGAGGCCUCUCCCCACAGCAGCCCAGAGGUCUGGGGAGGCGACAUGUUGGGCUCUGGGAUCCCUGCACUGGGCCUGCUCCUGCUGCUUCAGGGCUCAGCAGACGGGAAUGGAAUCCAGGGAUUCUUCUAUCCAUGGAGCUGUGAGGGUGAUGUGUGGGACCGGGAGAGCUGUGGGGGCCAGGCGGCCAUCGACAGCCCCAACCUCUGCCUGCGCCUACGGUGCUGCUAUCGCGAUGGGGUCUGCUACCACCAGCGUCCAGAUGAAAACAUGCGGAGGAAGCACAUGUGGGCGCUGGGCUGGACGUGUGGCGGCCUCCUCUUCUUGAGCUGCGGCGUCUGCUUGUUCUGGUGGGCCAGGCGCCGGGACCUGCUGCACACUCCCAGCUUCGUGGCGGGUAACUGCGACCUAUCCCGGAGGGUCUCGCUGCUCUCCAAGGAACGAGGGAGCAAGAAGACAUCCAGCUCCAUGGUCAAAUCGGGCAAGGACACGGAGGGGGGCACCGAGGGGGAAGGGACAGAAGAGGGAGAGGAGACGGAGGGUGUGGAAGACGAAGAUUAGGGGUGUCCCCA